CGAAAUGCCUUUUGCGGUGGCAUCCUUUUUAAUUAUUUCUUUAGUUAAAUUGGUCCGUGUUUGUCAACUUCCCUUUACUGGUACGUUCCUGAGUGUUGAACACAAUGUCAACGCGAUGGAAUCACCCAGUUGGAAAUGAUUUUUGCGUUAUUUGAAAGAAUUGAUUUCUCCUCUUCUGAGUCAACCCCUGAAAAGUCACCCUAAGGUUUGAUUGAAAAGCUGUCAUGGAAGGUGCAGGAGAAGCCCCACCCCCUCCUCCCCCACCUGCAACUCCACCACCACCUCCUGCGGCAACUUCACAAGCUCCUGCGACAACUCCUCAGCCUGAGAGAGCAGUCACUCCAGAACCAAAGCGUGAACCAGAAACUCCUAAAGCUCCGCCAAAAGAUGAGAAGCCAGAAGCUGAAGAGCCACCAGCUGGUGGAAGUAUGGAAAAACCCCCGGAAAAGCCAUCUGGCACUGAAGAUUUACUAGCAAAAAGUGAAGCCAGGAAAAAACUACCGGAUAAAAAUCUUGAUUUCCAGGUUAGAGUAAGGAUUAUAGAGGGCCGUCAGUUGGCUGGAGCUAAUAUCAGUCCUGUGGUUCGUGUGACUAUAGACAAUCAAACAAGACAAACAAAGGUUAUUAAAUCCACCAACAAGCCAUUCUAUGAUGAGGUGUUUUUCUUCAACUUUAAUGUAACACCACAGAAGCUGUUUGAUGCUCAGGCACUAUUUGAGGUAUUUAAUUCGAAGAAAUUAAGAGCAAAUGCAAUGGUGGGAAGUUUCCAGUGUGAUGUUGGAUUCUUCUAUGAUGAACCUUCUCAUGCUGUUAUAAGGAAGUGGAUUCUGUUGUCUGAUCCAGAGGAUAAAAUGGCUGGAGCAAAGGGCUACUUGAAAGUGACAGUUAUGGUUCUUGGACCUGGUGAUGAGGCUCCGGUAGUGACUGUGACUGAAGAUCAAGAUGACCUUGAUGACAUCGAAGAUAACUUGAUCCAACCUCCUGGAAUGAUGCUUAGACCAGCAGUCUUUGAUCUGAGAGUAUUUAGAGCUGAAGAUAUUCCACAGAUGGACUCUGCUGCUGCCGAGCAAAUUAAAAAGUCCUUAUUGGGUGGUGAAAUGAAAGAGUUGGUUGAUCCAUAUUUAUUAUUUUCAUUUGCUGGUACAGAAGUUAAAACAGAGGUACAUAAAAACUGUGACCAUCCUGAAUUCAAUCAACAGCUACAUGUUCCAUUUCAGUUCCCCACAAUGGCUGAAAAGUUAAAACUGCAGUUAUGGGACUGGGAUAAACUAAGUAGCGAUGAUUGCAUCGGUACCUAUUAUCUUCCAAUGUCUGAGAUAUCAGGGCAAGGAGAAGAAGGUUUUCUGCCAAGGUUUGGACCAUGCUUCUUAAACUUUUAUGGCUCCACAAGAGAAUACUCUGAUCUACCUGACGAGUACGACGAUCUCAAUCUCGGCAUUGGUGAGGGUGUUGCUUAUCGUGGUCGAGUUCUGAUUGAAUUGGAGACAAAGAUGGAUACACAACCAACAAAACUUGUAGAAGAUGUUCUGAGUGAUGAUAUCGUACGAGUCCAGACAUACCUCCGUCGACGUAAAUACAAGUUGUUUGCUUGUUUCCUGGAGGCUACGAUGGUUGCUUGCACUGAUGGACCUGUUACUUUUGAAAUAAGUAUAGGUAACUAUGGAAACCAGCUUGAUUUGUCAGUUCCACCGUCAUCAUCUUCUACGUCACCAACAAACGCCAUAUUUGACGGCAGCUUCUAUUACUUUCUGCCUUGGAAUGAUAUUAAACCAUGCUGUAACGUGGACAGUCAUUGGGAGGACAUCGCUUUCAGACUGGAGCCACUUAACAUCCUCACUCGGAUGUGCGAACAACUUGAAACCGACCUGGAAAAGGUUCAACUGGCCAUCUCCGAAAAUGCCUCGCUGACCAAUGUCGCAGUUCUUAUUAUGAAACUCCUGGACACGUUGAUAGAUAGUUGCAGCAAACCGCUUCCCCGUGCGACACAUAAGACCCCUGGAGUUAACGACCUUGACUUCAAAAUAGGAGAUACAAGGGAAUGUGAGCUGAAAGAUAUCCUCGAGGAAGCCACAAAACUUCGUACCAGUGCAACAGACGUGGAAGAAACGAUCGGUGCUAUCGAGGACUUUAUAAAGAGGCUGCGUUUACUUGCGGUGGAGCCUCAGAACAGCAUGCCUGAUGUUGUUAUCUGGAUGAUGAGUGGAGACAAAAGAAUAGCUUAUCACCGAAUCCCCGCUUAUGAUCUUCUGUACUCACCACACUUUGAAGCACGAGGGAAACAUUGCGGGAAAACAAUGGAUUUGUUUAUGAAGUACCCCGGUAAGAAGCAGUUUAAUCUAGAGGAUUACCCAGAGGUCCCUGCUAACGUUCGUGUGAUACUGUGGCUUGGGCUCGAAAAACACCAAGAGGCCUGGACCAACCGCCAGGAGACUGAGGGCGACUUUUGCGUAUUUGCAGAAACGUACGAAAAUAUGAUGAGCGUUCUUGGCAAAUGGACUGCUAAAGGACUUCCUCGCCCUGCUUGGUCAAACGCUGGUGGAACGUUGAAGCUUCAUAAAGACUCGUUUAUUCCACCAGAUGGCUGGAGCUUUGACGGAAAAUGGUUUGUUAAUCCAGAACUAAGCUUUGCCUAUGACAAAGACACGGGCUGCAAGAAUUUUCUGGAGGACGUUUUUGAAAACGAAGAGCGUUUUUCCGGAGGAAACUGGAAUCCUUCUUCUGUGAAUUGGACUGACAUUCAUGGGAAUGCCACCUCUAAUAAGGAGUCGAUAGUGGCCCCUGAAGGCUGGGAAUGGACUUCAGAGUGGAACGCAGACACCAACAGGGCAGUGGAUGAAGAUGGAUGGGAAUACACAGUGGACACAAGUGUAGCGAGUUACGUGGCGGUGGAGAAAACUUAUCACAUGUCAAGGAGGAGAAGAUGGGUUCGCAGCAGGAACCUGGUGAAAAGCACAGAAAAGGAAGAUAAGGGUCAGGAGAACGUUGACACGGAAGGUUGGGAAUACGCUGCGGUGUUUUCCUCCAAGUUUCAUAGCAAAGCUCGUACACGAGAUUUAGUCCGACGUCGAAGAUGGCAUCGAAAAAUGAUCCAAACAGACCCAACAGCUCCUGCCGUGUUUCAGAUCAGUGACGAGGGUAAAAAGGGCGGAAUUAUGAUGGUGCCACGGAUGUUCAUCACAUUUGAAAAAGCGCACAAAUACCAGCUGAGAGUGUACUUGUUCCAAGGGCGUGACCUGCUGCCAUCUGAUCCUGAUGGACUGUCUGACCCUUACGUGCGCAUUUCGUUUGGCACUCAGAGUCAGGUAUCGGAGAUUAUUCACCGCACCCUGUGCCCCACCUGGGAUCAGACGCUUAUCUUUGAGGAUGUCUGCAUUUACGGCAGUCCUGAAAUUACGGAGAAGUCGCCUCCUCGUGUCGUUCUGGAAUUGUUUGAUCGAGAUCCUGUGGGUAAAGAUGAGUUCAUGGGUCGCUGUGUGGAAUCUCCUGUUGUUAAACUGAAAGGUCAGGGGCCUCCUGCCCCAAGGCUGUUAUGGGAGCCGGUGAAAAAGGGACGGGAAGAUGCCGGAGAGAUUCUGGUUGCGUUCGAGCUUUUCCUGGACGAAGGAACCGAUUUGCCUUACUUCCCUUCCACCAAAGAAAACAGACCAUCACUGUACAUUGUACCCAGUGGAAUCAGACCCGCGGUACAGCGCACAGCUAUUGAGGUGUUGUGUUGGGGUGUUCGAAACAUGAAGAAGUUCCAACUGGCUAACGUCUCCUCGCCGAGUAUCGAGUUCGAGUGUGGAGGUCACUUGAUCCAAUCGUCCGUCAUUAAGAACACGAAUAGAAAUCCAAACUUUGAUGAACCAAUCUUCUUCUUCGACACUUAUCUUCCAAAGGAAGAGCUCUACACUCCACCAAUGAACAUCAAAGUGCGAGAUAACCGAUCAUUUGGUCGUCGACCUGUUGUCGGAGUUCACUGUAUAAAGUCACUGCAGCCCUACAGGUGUUUACCGCUGGACCAGGUUGAUUAUGGUGAAGACACAGCUGAUGCGGGAAAGGAUGAAGAUGCUGGAUCUUUUUUAAUUGAUAUCACUGACGACAAAGAGAAAGCGGAGUUGAUAGAGGAGGACAUUGACUGGUGGUCCAAAUAUUACGCCUCCAUUGGUGACUAUGAUAAAAGCGGAGACUACAUAGAACGUGGUUACGACAAGAUCCUAGUUUACGAUAAAGAGCUGGAAAACGUAGAGGUCUAUGAAAAGUUUCAAGACUUAGUCAAGACGUUUGAUCUUUAUCGUGGAAAAGUGAAACCAGGAGAGGAGGCGACGGUUGUGGGCGAGUUCAAGGGUUCAUUUCAUGUGUACCCGUUGCCUAGUGACCCUAACCUUCCUUUUCCUCCCCGCAUCUUGAAAAACUUACCUCCAAGUGAGCCUGUGGAGUGUCUGGUCAGGGUUUAUAUUAUCAAGGCAAUUGAUCUUCAGCCCAUGGACCCCAAUGGACUUGCUGAUCCGUACUUAGUCGUGUCUCUUGGAAAGACCAAGAUCAAAGAUCAAGACAAAUACAUUCCUAACACUCUGAAUCCUCUUUUUGGAAAGAUGUUCGAACUGACGGCCCACGUUCCUAUAUCGAAGGAUUUAUGUAUCACUGUCAUGGAUUAUGAUCUGAUUGGUAAAGAUGACAAGAUUGGUGAGACAGUAGUUGAUCUGGAGAAUCGAUUUUUGACCAAGUUUGGAGCCAUCUGUGGUCUUCCGCAGACCUACAACACUUCUGGCAUUAACAAGUGGCGCGACUCGCGAACACCAAGACAGAUACUGGAGAAGUACUGCGAGGUCAACAAUUUCUUUAAACCAAGAUUUUUGGGAAACGACAAAGUGAUCUUCCAUGGCGAUGAAUUCUGCUUGGAGGAUUUUGAGGCUGGUAUGACAUUGUCUCCUCACCUGGGUCCCCCUGAUCAACGUCUUGCUUUGCACGUGCUCAACGGCCUGCCGCUGGUGCCGGAACACGUGGAAACACGACCGCUGUACAACACACUGCAGCCUGGAAUAGAACAGGGAAAACUUCUGAUGUGGGUAGACAUUUUCCCGAAAGAUUAUGGACCUCCAGGAAUGCCUUUUAAUAUAUCACCAAGAGAACCAGGAGAAUACAUGUUACGUGUUAUCAUCUGGAACACCAGUGACGUCAUUCUAGAGGAGGUAUCGGUGAUGGGUGAGGCCAUGAGUGAUAUUUAUGUCAAAGGGUAA